AUGUACCGAUUAUCUCGCAGUAUUCGUGUUGUUGAGACGCAACGAGCAUCAAGAUCUCUUCUGCAGGAAGUGUUGCGGAGGCCUUGGAGGGAGCGCCACUUAGCCGAACAACGAACAAGUUUCCAGCUUCGCGCCUUGACAAUCAUGACAAGUGGCCAGCAACAUAUUGGGACGUGUUUAAAACAUGUGUCGGUUGCAACUCCACUGGAUAGGUCUCUCGAGCUCAUGGGUGAACACUUCCAAAAGGACGAGGCGCGUUGCGGUAGACUCUAUUCAUUGAUGGGGUCUCCGGAGACAAGGAUCCCAGUUGCCGUUGCCUCCGCUAUCCUUGACGACAUCGGCCCCUUUACCUCAGGCACCCGUCAUGGGAUGAAAUCAAGAAUGACUCUCUUGUCCACCGGCUUAAUGGUACACAACUCGCUGGAGCUAGCAACGGACUGCGUCGAGUGCGAAGGGAAGGAAAGAGUCUUCUAUGUAGAUUUAUUACGUCCGACAUGGUCCGGCUCUCUCAGCAUCGGUCUCUCUGCCGACAUUGCGUUGCCGCAAAGAACACUCUCAAGCUAA